UAUGUAUUGUUUUAUUUCUUUCGCAUUUUUAAUCCAUAGCUUGUCUUGAAUUGUUGUGUUCGUUUUGAAGGUCUUUAAAUUUGUCUGGCGUUUGCCCAGAAUUCCUCAAUAACGGAAACGGUUGUGAGGUUUCGUUAUUAUUUUCCCCACUCGUAUUUGGACAAAUCCCGCAUUCUGAUCUAUGAUUGGCUGGUACGCUAACGCUUUCUGUUCUAGGAUUGGCUAUUAACCUGUACUCCUCAUAUCUUCACCAAUACGAACAAAGAAGCAGGACUUUGUUUAAAUACGGGUGGAGUAAAAUGAACGCAAGGCUGGCUGCAUCGAAGGGUUGGGGCAGGUAGGAACCGAGACUCGGGGAGGAAAGUCUCUGGGUCUAGGAAACCACCUCCCCGUCGCUCGCCUUGUGCCGAUCACAAAGGGUCGGUGAAAAGUCACUAGUUAUCUCGGUGUUUCGUGUAUAAAGUUGGCUUCUAUUUUUUUUUCUUAACCGUCAAGAUUUCAGGUUUUUUUUUUUUUUUUAAGACUUUUCUGCCCAGAAGAGAGCAGAAUCUUGUUUUCGUGGAGAAAAAGUGAGGAGCUGCUUUAGGUCUGGAUUGCCUAUUAGCCAAGUUCCGUGGAAGUUUGCAGAGUGGAGCUGCACAGUUCCAAUUUCUCUGCUUCUUAUCUGCUCCUGCAUUUCUCCUGAUCUGAUUCGGUCCACCCUUCCCUCUUUUUUCCUCGCUGUUCUACUUUUCCUCUUGAACCAUGUGUGAUAACAUGGACCAUGAGGAUAAGCCACCUGCUCCACCUGUAAGGAUGAGCAGCACGAUCUUCAGCAGUGACGGGAAAGACUACACGCUGCUGGCCAAUCACAGCUCCAAGCCCUUACCGUCUGUGCCUGAAGAGAGGAAACCUCGCAGCAAAAUCAUCUCCAUCUUCUCAGGGGCAGAGAAAGGUGGAAGGCGGAAAGACCGGGACAGGGAGCGGCCGGAAAUCUCUUCUCCCUCAGGUUUCGAGCACACCAUCCAUGUGGGCUUUGAUGCUGUGACUGGGGAGUUCACGGGAAUGCCAGAGCAGUGGGCACGAUUACUGCAGACCUCCAACAUCACCAAGUCCGAACAGAAGAAAAACCCUCAAGCUGUGUUAGAUGUCCUCAAGUUCUACGACUCCACAGGAAACACAGGCAGGCAGAAGUACCUCAGCUUCUCUUCAGAGAAGGAUGGAUUUCCUUCGGCCGAUCAUUCGCCUGUUAAAAAGAGCACAGAACAGCCAUCACCAAACACCAAGAAUGCUGAAGAUGAUGAUGACGAUGACGAGACACCUCCGCCUGUUGUGGCACCGCGGCCAGAGCACACCAAGGGGGUGAACACUCGGUCAGUUAUUGAUCCCAUCCCUGCACCAGUCUCUCCAGAUGGGGAUGUUGCAUCCAAAGCUGCAGACAAACAAAGACCCAAAAAGGGCAAGAUGUCUGACGAGGAGAUCAUGGACAAAUUGAGAACCAUAGUCAGUAUUGGAGAUCCUAAAAAGAAGUACACGCGAUACGAGAAGAUCGGACAAGGAGCUUCAGGGACAGUGUUCACGGCCAUCGAUGUUGCUACAGGACAAGAGGUGGCCAUCAAGCAGAUCAACCUGCAAAAGCAACCCAAGAAGGAGCUAAUUAUCAAUGAAAUUCUCGUUAUGAAGGAACUGAAGAACCCUAACAUUGUCAACUUCUUAGACAGUUUUCUAGUAGGGGAAGAGCUGUUUGUGGUGAUGGAGUACCUGGCUGGUGGCUCACUGACCGACGUAGUGACUGAGACGUGUAUGGACGAAGCUCAGAUCGCCGCUGUUUGCAGAGAGUGUUUACAAGCACUAGAAUUCCUUCACGCCAACCAGGUCAUUCAUCGAGACAUCAAGAGUGACAACGUUCUGCUGGGAAUGGAUGGCUCUGUUAAACUUACGGAUUUCGGUUUCUGUGCCCAGAUCACACCAGAGCAGAGUAAGAGGAGCACAAUGGUGGGCACGCCAUACUGGAUGGCCCCCGAGGUUGUUACCCGCAAAGCUUAUGGGCCAAAGGUGGACAUCUGGUCUCUUGGCAUCAUGGCUAUUGAGAUGGUGGAAGGAGAGCCUCCAUACCUUAAUGAGAAUCCACUGAGGGCACUUUACCUCAUUGCUACUAAUGGAACGCCAGAGUUGCAGAGUCCAGAGAAACUGUCACCCAUCUUUCGGGAUUUCUUAGCUCGCUGUCUGGAAAUGGACGUAGAAAAGAGGGGCAGCAGUAAAGACCUUUUACAGCAUCCUUUCCUGAAGUUGGCGAAGCCUCUGUCCAGUCUCACACCACUCAUUCUGGCUGCCAAGGAUGCCAUGAAGAACAACCGCUAGCAUCCUUCCUGGAUGAGUCAUGCUGAGAAACCCAGCAUGUUGAACGGACUCCGACUCCUAUGCCAUGUCUCUUGCCGCUGUGCCACCUGGCCAGCUAGUAUUGCCAAAACAAAGUUUCUACAAGCAUUUCAACAGCGCUUUUAUACUGGUGGGAUUCCUCUCGGCGGUGGGUGGAUGGGUGGGUGGGGAUGAGGCGGCAUCUUAAAUGUCUCGUCUCCUCGUCUGUUCUACUGUAGCCUUUUCGAUAAUAUUUUAUACUGCACGGUAUUUCAUCAGUGUUUUUUUCCUCAGUGUCCGUUCUUCUCGACUAUUGUGCAGUAGAUUUUUGUCCUUAAGGGGAGAAGUAUUUAAAGUGUCUUUGACAUGUUUUCUUAGUGAUUUCAUUUUUAUAGAAAGUAAUAAGCUACAAAAACUUGUGCCUGUUUUGUUUUGUUUUUUUUUUAAAACUCAUUUUCCUUAAAAAUGUAGCUGGGAUGAGUAAAACCAGCAUUAUCACUGGGCGAUUGAUUUGAUUUGUUACCUGGUGUCAUUUCGUCUUCAACCAUGAACGGAUGUAAGAAUUGACCAGUUUCUGGAACUCUAUAACAACAUGUAAACAUUAAUGACACAGAUGGCAUAUGUUGUGUAUGUUAAAGAACCACAGUAACUGCUCCACCAAGUAUUUUAGACUACAUGUUUGUAUAAAUGAGUGUUUUUGUAGUAACUAACAUUUUAUUACAAGAUUACAGCUGUGAAGUUGUCAUGUUAAAUGCCAGAAUGGAUAUUUUUAUGGCUUAUGCAAACUCGAUUCUGCAAUUUAAAAAAAAAAAAAAAAAUGUCCUUAAAGGCUGCCAAACAGCCCCAGGUUUCUGAUAAUAUCUGAAAUGAAUUGCCUGAAACUCACUUGUACUCAAUCAAGUGCCAUAUUUGAGCAAAUACAGUCAAUUAAGUGUCUAGAUACAGUGUGGGUUAAUUGCUAAAUUAUCAUUAUGAAUCACAGGCAAUUUCUGCAAAUUUCAGCUCAGGGUGUGUAGUUUUAUAUCAUCAUUAGCAAAGAUGAUUCAUUAUAGAAAAUGUGCAGUUUGGUGGUGGCAGCCUUAUUUUAGUCAUGCCUGCAUCCAAUUGUUGAUGUUAUUGUGUUGUGUUUUUUUUUUUGUUUUUUUUUUAAAGUUGUCUACCACAGUACAUAGGGAUUGAAAUUAAAUAAUGAGUAGAAGCUCAAAGGCCAGACUUGCCGGUUUAAUUUCAUUGUUUAUACAUGCAAAUCAGGUGAACAAUGUACAAAUUACAGCAUUUUAAAAAAUCAAAACAAACCCAUCAGAGUUUAGGCAUGGCUAAAUACACUAUUUGAUACAUUCUUAAAAAGAAAGAAAGAACGAACAUGUUGGUGAGCUCAGAAACACCAACUAACCACGGGCAAUAGUUGUGAUCGAUGCACGAGGAAUCCUUUGCCUGAUGAUGAAAACCCCUUCACAACAAUUGGCCAGAUCAUGAACACCCUGCAGGAGCUAGAUGCAUCUGUGUUAAAGUGUGUAUGACACAUAAAAAUGUUGUAAUUCCUCACCUGUUUUAGAUGUAAAUACCCUCAAAUUAAAGCAUGAUCAGAUAC